AUGUCGGCAGAAGCUCCUAACUUCUCUGCCAUUCGAGAGAAGCUUCAAGAUUGUUUCAACAAGAGAGCCUGCUUGUGGCAACUCAAAGUCACAGAUGCGUUCCUGCAAAAUGAUCGCGAUAUUAUCUGCAUAGCGGGGACAGGGAUGGGAAAAAUACUUGCGUUCUGGUCACCGUUAGCUAUCAAAGACACGGGCAUCCUGAUUGUUGUGACUCCACUUACCCAGCUCGGGGAACAAAGUGUCAGUUUCCUCGAAAAAGCCGGUAUACAAAGUAUCUCGAUCUCUACUGAGACAGCGAGUAGGGCAAAUUUCCGUGUAAAUCAAAGGUCAUCUUUAAUUGGUGUCAUCUUUGAUGAAGCACACUGCAUUGUGACAUGGGGAGACUUUCGGUCCGAGUACAAGGAACUAGAGUGCUUGCGUUAUAUCCUACUGUGCCAGCUUGUCACUGUUCAUGUAUCCACCGACCGUCCAAACAUCAAGAUCGGAGUCCGCAAAAUCAAAUACUCACUUGCGUCUUAUGCAGAUCUUGCGUUCCUCAUACCUACCAGCAUGAAAUCAGACGAUACGGCACCACCAAAAUUCCUCGUUUUUUUCGACAGCAUCCAAGAAGGAAUAAAUGCCACGAAGUACUUGCAGGCACGUCUUCCGCCAGAUCUACGAAACAACGUCAAAUGGUUCAACUCCGACAUGACUACUGGAUUUAAGGCAGCCGAAGUCACAAACCUCGUUGCUAGAGAUACGUGGGGUCUGUGUACCACAGAGGCAUUUGGAAUGGUAGAUAUAUCCUCGACUGUGACGGAUGGGCCGGGAGUGUUAUUAUUCCCGAUGGAGACGGGUUGGCCCAGGUGGGGAAUAUGUAAAGUAGAUGGGUGGGCCGAUGGACAUGAAUUUUCAAUAGACGGAUCGGCCGAGGUAGUUGGAUAUUAUGUAGAUGGGUGUACCAAGACGGGUGGGCCGACGUAUUGGUAUUAUUUUGUAGACGAGUGGGCCGAGGGAGCGGUGAAAGAUUUAUUAUAUACGGGUGGGCCAAUGGUAGACAUAUAUUGCAUAGACGGGUAG